AUGAAGCGCAUUCCAAUAGAAAAACUAUUAAUUGAGCACCCUCAAAAAGUUCUUGUUCUUGAUGGUGGACAAGGUACAGAACUAGAAAACAGAGGGAUCAACAUAAAUAGCCCAGUAUGGUCUGCAGCGCCCUUUGUAAGCGACUCCUUCUGGGAGAAAUCUUCCCGUGAAAGAAAGGUGGUUGAGGAGAUGUACAGAGACUUUAUGAAUGCUGGAGCGAACGUAUUGAUGACAAUUACAUACCAAGCGAACUUUAAAAGUAUAUCCAAGAAUACUACAAUCAAAACUCUGCCUGCUUACAGGCGUUUUCUCGAUCAGAUCGUGUGCUUCAGCCGGAGGCUUAUUGGCGAGGAGAGGUACUUAAUCGGAAGUAUCGGUCCAUGGGCAGCCCAUGUUUCUAGUGAAUAUACUGGUAACUAUGGUCCUCAUCCAGAAGAUAUUGAUUACUAUGAAUUUUUUAGGCCUCAAUUGGAUACUUUCAACGAAAAUGAAGAUAUCGAUCUUAUUGGUUUUGAAACGAUUCCGAAUUUUCAUGAGCUAAAGGCUAUAUUAUCUUGGGGCGAGGAUAUUAUUUCGAGGCCUUUCUAUGUGGGGUUGUCAGUGCACGAUAAUGGUUUGCUUCGUGAUGGUACCACUUUGGAAGAAAUCUCUGCCCAUAUAAAAGGUCUCGGGAGUAAAAUUAACAAAAAUUUCUUGUUAUUGGGAGUGAAUUGCAUAAGCUUCAAUCAGUCCACAUUGAUUUUGAAAGCUUUACACGAGGUUUUACCAGAUUUUCCCCUGCUGGUUUAUCCAAAUAGUGGAGAAAUAUACGAUCCCAAGGAGAAGACGUGGUACCAUCCGACCGAUAAGCUAGAUAGUUGGGACGUUACAGUGAGGAAAUUUAUCGAUAGCGGUGCACGCAUUAUUGGCGGUUGUUGUAGGACCUCCCCCAAAGAUAUCGCGGAAAUUGCAGCAUCUGUAGAUACCUAUUCCUAG